AUGUUCUAUAUUAGGAUAACAUAUGUAUUGGUUUACUUUCAACUUUUUAUAGGUUGUAUCAUAUGCUCGCCAGGUGAUGAUUUGUACAUGUUUCAGGAAUGCCGAUACCAAUGUGAGCAAAUUAUUUGUCACAAGAGGCCAUAUCACAUAUUCCAAAGAAUGAUACUUGAUGAGUUAGGAUCGGAUGGAGAAUACGAAAUACAUGCAUAUAAUGAGAAUUGGGAAUUCAGUAGUCUGUUACCAUUACAUUUAAAGCUAUUGGGAUGGGAUUGUGUUCUGAAUUGUGAUUAUGAGUGCCAAAGGAUAGUUACCAAGGAAAGAUGUAAAAACAACCAAGAGAUAUGCCAAUUCCAUGGAAAAUGGCCUUUUUUGAGAGUGUUUGGGAUACAAGAAUUUGCAUCAGUAAUUUUUUCCAUUGGAAACUAUAUGGUGCAUGCUAUUGGGAUUAAGAAGGUGUUGGAGGCUAAAAGACAGGCAGAUCCGAUGAUAAAGUAUGAAUACACCGUUUUGAUAAUUUGUAGUUUCAUAGCGAUGUUUGCAUGGAUUUGUUCCACAGUAUUCCAUAUAAGAGACUUCCUAGUAACGGAAAGACUAGACUAUUUUGUCGCAGGACUUACAGUUUUGAGUGGGUUUUAUGGAGUUUUCACUAGAUACUUUAGACUUUAUUUACCCAGCAGAAAGCUACAAAGAAUGUUAUUUACAAUUGUAUGCAUACUGGCAUAUACGUGGCAUAUACAUAGACUCGUCGAUGACUGGCUGUACACGUACAAUAUGCAAGCUAAUAUAACUCUUGGUGUCCUACAAAACAUUAUUUGGGGAUUUCUUUGUUUUGAUUUGUAUUGCAAAUACUAUAAAUUGGAAAAUAAUGAACAGGUCUAUAAAGAGAAACAAUCCAACCAUUUGGAUUAUAUCACACCCAGAAGACUCCUUAUCCCAAGCUUUUAUUCGAGGUCUUCCAAACUCUAUUCAUUGUAUCCAUUAUUACUUUGCGCUAUUGUUAUUGCUGGCAUGUCGUUAGAAAUAUUUGAUUUCCCACCUAUCUUUUUUGAUUUAGUGGACGCACACUCAUUAUGGCAUUUAGUGACAAUAAUACCAGCGUUUUAUGGAUGGUAUGACUGGAUGAUUUGGGAUAUUAAUGUGAAUGUGAAACAUGAAUUGGAAGAAUUUGUGCAGAAGAAAAAUGAUUAA